AUACAUCCAUGUGCCGUUAAUUAAAAAAAAGGUGUGGAAUUACCACCUCCCAACCUUUUAUCUCUGUCUGUGUCCACAUUUGUGUUUUCGCGUAUAUUCAAGAACAUAUCAUUAUAAUACUAUUAAAAUGAUUUUGUUUUUAAAAAUCAAUUGUGUAGUAUUAACAAUAUUCUUAAUCUAUCGGACCUCGGACCACUUUGUUCGGACUGUCAACCCUCACUUUCGGCUGCGCCUCGGUUUGGGUAGACAUUUGUCGGAACUCUUUGCAAUUUUAACGGUUUUCCGCACUUGUAAUGAAAUAUAAUAUACAAUUGGUGGGGAAUAAUUACGCAUUUAUAUUCAAAAUUCACAUUACUGUCAGUGUAUAUUGAAAAUAGCUCGUGUGGUGAGAGCACGAAUUAUUAAAAUGUUAUUAAAAAUAGUGAUUUUAGUGUUCCAGAUUUAUAUAGUACAUUCCUGGCGACAAUGUGACGACUGUGUUAUUAGCUCGGCGUGUCCAGAGACAUAUAAUAUUACAAUUUUUUUUAAGACACCAGAGUCUCUUUUUCAAUUGUUUCAAGGUAUUUGCGGUUUGGACGGCAAUAAACCAAAGGUGUGCUGUAAUGAUUUCACAUCACCAACAACAACAUCAUCACCAACAACAACAUCAUCACCAGAUCUAGAUCAAAGAAUAUAUUUUGAAACGGACACUGAUACUUCAUUACAUCACAUAAACGAGAGUAUUAGGUUACUGCCGAUCCGGUGUGGAAUUACGUCCUAUGUCAAGGAUCGAAUCUACGGCGGAUCCGUAGCCGAGAUAAAUGAAUUUCCUUGGAUGGCGCUUAUAUCUGCUGAAAUAGAUGCCAAUUCUAAGAAGUUUAUCUGUGGUGGGACCAUUAUUAACUCAAAGUACAUCUUAACAGCGGCUCACUGUGUGGACCACAAGAAAUUAGCUUAUGUGAGGGUUGGAGAAUAUGACAUUAACAAAGAAGACUGCUCUUUAGACGGGAGUAUUUGUGAUGACCACUAUCAGGAUCUAUCCAUAGAAAAAAAAAUUCCCCAUGAGAGGUAUUUAUCAAACGGAAACACAAACAUGCCAUCGUUCGAUAUAGCGUUGAUACGUGUAAAAGGAGAAAUCGAUUUAAAACAAGAGGACGUUGCUCCAAUAUGUCUUCCUCUGGAUAAAGAACAUCGCGAGAGUAAUUUAGUGGGUGAGGAAGUAGUUGUCGCGGGUUGGGGAAAUAUUGAGACAGGAUCGCAAUCAACUGUAUUACUUAAAGUGAAAAUUAGCAUACUUAAUAACUCUCUAUGCCAUAGAAUUAAUAACACUAUCUGCGCUGGCAGUCGCGGCAAAGAUACUUGCCAUGCAGACUCCGGUGGGCCUCUUAUGAUGGAACACCCCGAAGCCGAUCGAUAUGUUCAAUAUGGUGUUGUGUCGUUUGGAAACACUGAUUGUGGGACUGGCUCAGCAUCCUACACGGAUGUUAGAAAGUACAUAGACUGGAUAUUGGACAAAAUUGAGAAAUAGCGCAAGAAAUCUUGCAACCAAGAUUUUCACCUGUAUAACAUGACAUGGGCUGAAUAAUAACUGAAUACAGUUUGUUAAUAA